AUGCUAUCUCCCAACCCACUCUCUCUUCUAUGUGCAUUACUUCUAUGCUUACCUUUAGCCAUAUUCUUCACCACCACUACAAACACCAAACACGCCACUACCACUAACCCCACCCCUAUCAUCUUUAACAGACCAAUGCCAAACCUCAAAAACAAAAACAUUAGCAUCCCCGAAAACCCCAACAACAAAUCACAACCACCACUUGAAGACGAUGAUGACGAGUUGCUAUUCCAAGUUGCCACUCACGUGAAAUCAAAGCCCAUUAGGCCCAACAAGAUAGCAUUCAUGUUCCUAACCACCAUGCCACUCCCAUUCGCACCACUGUGGGAAUUUUACUUCAACCAAACCUCAAACAGCCUCUUCAAUGUUUACGUCCACGCUGACCCCACUCUCCCCUAUGACAAACCGUUCUCCGGCAUCUUCUCUAACCGUAUCAUAGUUUCAAAACCGACCAUGAGAUUAUCCCCCACGCUCGCCGCGGCGGCGCGUCGCUUACUCGCGCACGCGCUGAUCCACGAUCCUUCUAACUCCAUGUUCGUCUUGCUUUCUCCGUCCUGCAUUCCCCUCCACUCGUUCAAUUUUACCUACCACGCGCUCCUCUGCCCCGGCAAGAGCUUCAUUGAGAUUCUUGCCCAUGAGGUUGGAAGCUAUGACCGUUGGGCGGCGCGUGGACCACACGCGAUGCUUCCGGCAGUGAAGCUUGAGGAGUUUCGCAUAGGGUCGCAGUUUUGGGCGCUGACACGUCAGCACGCGAAGCUUGUCGCGAGUGACCGUUUGCUUUGGCCCAAGUUUAAUGUGCCGUGCGUGCGGUUAGACUCGUGUUACCCUGAGGAGAAUUACUUUCCUACCCUUUUGAACAUGUGGGACUCGGAAGGGUGCGUGCAUGCCACGCUCACGCAUGUGAACUGGACGGGGCGCGUGGAUGGUCAUCCUCGCACGUACGAGCCGUGGGAAGUGGGGCCCAACCUGAUUCGAAGGAUGAGGUUAGAUAGGCCAAGGUAUGGUAACGGUAACGGACGAAGUGAUCCGUUUUUGUUCGCGAGGAAGUUUGCCCCUGACGCUCUGGAACCGUUGAUGAGAAUUGCCAACGACGUAAUCUUUUGUGAUUGA